GGUCACAUUGUCCUCUAAUUUUUUGAGCGCAGCAAUUUAGCAUUACAAUUCGGACAAGAAUUUGUGUUGUGAAAUAAAAUUAAUCAAAUUUGCAGCUGAGUGCACUUCCGCAAUGGAUGCACGAGGAAGCUAUUGGUACCUGGAGCAUGUAAGCACCGGCAAAAAACUAAUUCUGCAGUCUGGUGACAAUUCAGUGGGCAGGCACUCCUGCUGCAAGAUUGUUUUAAAGGAAUAUGACUUUCUGUCUCGACAACAUGCGAAGUUUAUCGUAAACAGUGAAAAUAUCAGCGUGGAGCAGUUGAACGCAUUGAAUGGCGUGUUUAUAAACGAGUCCAAGCUCGAAGUAGAUACGCACCAACUUAAUUGCGGCGAUAGAAUCGGACUUGGCGUUGAAACGCCGCACGAUGUUGUGCCACCAAAUUAUGCCAUAUUUCAAUUGAAAAAGACGUGUCCAAAUGAAGAGGACAUUGUCGUCAUAUCGGAUGAUGAAGAUAGUGACAAAACCCCGCCAAGACCAACAGAAGUUGCCAAGACGGGGAAUAAAGAGGAUCCCGUACGGACAAAUGAGGAGGUCAGCAAUGUUGACAAUGCAGCUGAUAAGAGCCCAAUAAAGCCAACUUCACAUCGGUCAAUUCACUUGCCAAAGCUGCCAGAGAUGAAGCAGGAGCUCCUGUCACAGGCAACCAAAGAGAUUGAGAACAUUUUCGGCGAGCCUGAUGAGGAUCUGCUUGAAUCAGUUUUUCAAAUAAAUCCGUAUGUUUACAAACAGCUGAACAACAAUAACAUUCCUACAACUGGCGAAAAAAUACGUGACGGCGACGUAAUUGAGCUGCCGGAGGAAGUUAACAAAGCGGACAAAGAGUUGCCCGAAAAGGAGACUGAAAACCUAGCAGGUGGCGGUGACAUGCCACCUCCUGUUUCGCCAGGAGAAGAUCAAAUAGUUGUUGGUGACUACCAGGACGAUUAUGAUGAAAACUUUGCCAUGUCGCAAGCUGUGCUGCGCGAAAUGAAAGAGGAAAUGGCCGACGGGUCGGCGGAUCUAAGUGAUGCGGAUCCUGACGACCUGCACGACGAAGAGUUUCUGCCUCCAGCUUCCUGGAUUAAAAGCGAAAUAGCCACUCAAAUUGAUGACGAUGAAAUCAUACUCAUUGAGGACGAAGACGACGAGCUCUACAGCAAAGUAGCCGAUUGGUCAUCAAAGCUGCUUACUCAGAAUCUCAUGUCCCAGGUUUAUCCACUGGAUGAUGGGAAAAAUGUUGAAGAACAGGCUAAUGAUCCUACUCCAGAUGAUGACGAUGAUUCUCAGCUGUCGGAUAACAUUUUCAUGAGCCGUAAAUCCAAAGCGCUGCGCAUUGACAGCAGCAAUAGCGAAGAUGAACUGUCGGCCCUUUUAUCUGUUGACAGCAGCACACCUCUAAAACCCCAGAUACGCAGAUGCAGCGUGCGUCUGAAAUCGAUUGAUAUGUCGCAACGACAUCAAAAUAGUACGGAGAACUUGGCAGCAAGUUCUGUUACUGUUGUUGAGGACAACCGGCAGGAAUUGAAGGUAGUCUUAGUGCCAAGUGUUGAGCAUGCCAAACCCAACGCGAAAGGAGCAAAGAAAAAGUCCACACCGCGCAAGCGUAGAAAAACUGUUUCGGGACGCUCUCAGCCCAAAGAGCUGCCAACAAAGCCAGAAGAAACUGUGCCACUUCCAGAGGCCGAAGAGCCCACCAAGAAACGCAGUUCGCGGCUACGAAGCAGGUCCAAAUCUUGUUAUUUAGAAAGCCCCUCGUCAUCGCCUCAAAAAACUGCAGCAGUAGACAAAACGCGAGCCAAGGAUCUGCCAGCUGAGAUAAGUGAACCGGAGACCGAAACACCCGCCAAAACACAGAACUCGCGCAUGCGAACCAGAUCCAAAUCUUGUUAUAUGGAAAGUCCUUUGUCUUCGCCAACGAGACCACAAAAAACUUCAACCGAUAAACAGGUCGAAGACAUUCCAGCUGAGAUACCUGAACCAGAGAUUGAAAUACCCAUCAAAAAAAGCAGCUCACGCAUGCGUAACAGAUCUAAAUCGUGUUAUAUACAAAGUCCUUCGUCUUCGCCUACGCGACCAAAACAGCCCGAGGACUUGCCAGCUGCGAUGCCUGUUCUAGAGACUGAAACACCCGCUAAAAAUAGCAGCUCCAGCAUGCGAAACAGAUCCAAAUCUUUUUAUAUAGAAAGUUCUUUGUCUUCGCCAACGCGACCAAAAAAAUCCGUAACGGUAGACGACAAGCAACUCGAAGUGUCAGCUGAGAUGCCUGCAACAGAACGCAAGACGCCCACAAAUAGAGUCAGUCCCCGCUUGCAAGACAGAUCAAAAUCUUGUUAUAUGGAAGGUCCAAUGCCGUCCCCGCUGCAGUUAUCCAGCGUUACAAAUAAAGAAAACGACAGGGAGUUGCCGACAACGUCUGCACCAAGGCCUGUAACGCCCAUAAAGAAAUGCAGCCCCCGUUUGCUAAACAGGUCCAAAUCUUGUUAUGUUGAAAGCCCCAUGUCCUCGCCAAAGACACCAGCUGCAGACAAGAAGAAAGAAGUUCCGACAAAACCAGACGAAACAAUACCUGAUCCAGUCCAGGAAACACCCGUUAAGAAAGCGCCCAGCGCACGCUUAUUGAACAGGUCCAAGUCUUGCUACAUGGAACGCCCUUUGCCUUCGCCGGAAAAGUCUGAGGACGCGACAGGCAAUAUAAAAUCGCUAUCAACAGACAAAAGUCGGGGGCCAGAAGUGAUUUCAGCACCACAUUUACCCAAAAGCCGUGGCAAAUUGCGUGGCGUUUCAGCUGCAAGCAAGGAAAACGAGCGCCGAAAUCAAAUUCUGGAGAGACAACGGUCAGCGGACUACCAAGCGGAGAUGAGAACGAAAUGGUAUCAAAAACCAAAGGAUAAAAAGCGCGAGUGUGAACAAAUCAAGGAGAAGCGACGCGAGCAGCUAAAAAAAAUUGCUGACAAGCCAAAGCCGGAUGUUGCGUCCGACCGCGGCGAUGAACGCAAACGUAAACCAACGAGUGUGCCCACGCUGGGUAAUUCGAACCGUGGAGAAUUUCUUACCAAAGGCGUACAGCCACCAACAGCUAAGAAGCCCAAGCUGGAUAAGGCCGAGGCUCAGUCAAAGCCCGAGAAAGCAGCACACAAGCGUCGUGCCACAAUAGAAUCCUUCUCACAGCAGCUGAAUGCCGCCGAUUUAGUAAAGAGCCUGCCCACCCACUAUAGUCGUCCGCCCGAACGCAAGGAGGCGGAACGGGCGCGUAGUAAAAGAACCUGCAAUCGUGUUACUUUCGCAGACAUGGACCGUGAGUUUGAUUUGCGCCAGGAGCGCGAAAAGCGUGCUAAAAGCAAUCGACAUGUCCGUUUCAACGACAAUAUACAAAUCAAAUUGAUUGAACGGGUUGAAGGUGCUUAUAAAAAAGUGGCUGGUAUUAAGGAUACCAAGAAGGUAACACUUAGCACGUACGCGGAGCGUCGCGCAUGGUCACAAGCACAGGGUAGAUUGGAAAACUUUACCGAUUUGAUAAUGGGCAACAUUUUAAACUGGGGCAAUCAGUGGUUAACAUCGCGCAGCGCCGACGCAGUGGCCGAGUCUGAGGUCCUGAUACCCAUUCCAAAUGAGUUCAAGAGCUACAAACAGUACAGAGACAUUAUAAUACCCCUGAUGAAAUUGGAGCUGAUCUCUACCAUAGAGCGUGACUACAAAAUUUCCAAAAGCACAUUUGAAGUCAAUCUGGUUAACAUUUCGCAUGCAAACUCUCGAAAUCGACCUCGCUUCGUGCUGAACACCAGAUACAAUCACAAGCUCGGCAAGAGAUUUGACCUGUACACCCUAAGCAGUGACAAUAAGCUGAAAGAGACGUUUGCAUCGAUUGCACGCAUUCAGCGCAUAGCUGGCAACACUUGCGAGAUAUGCUUUGAGAUAUUGCAAGAGAACAUCAGUUUUGAUACGCUUAGCUCAUGCAAAACUUUAACUGUGCGCCCUGUGGUGGACAAUAUACGUGUGGAAAUGGGCGCUUUCAAUGCCAUUUAUUUGCUGGGUCGCUCGCCGUUGUUCCAGCGCAUACUGCAGCCCAGCGAGAACGUAUUGUCCUAUGACAACAGACUGUUGCAGCCGGCGGCAUACAAAGGUUUUAAGAGACUGAAUAACCAUCAGAUGGACAUAUGCCAGCGCACCUGGAGCCGUUUGAUUGACGAUUCGACGCCUAGCAUAACGCUAAUACAGGGUCCACCCGGCACAGGCAAAUCAGUGGUCAUUUCGAAUCUCACGCUACAGUGCAUGUAUGGUUCCAGCAAUCAUACGCUUGACCGCAAGAUUCUUAUUUGCGCACAUAGCAAUGCUGCUGUGGAUAAUAUUACGCUGUAUUUGAAGCGUGCCCGCCAGGCCAUGAGUCACUCGCAGUUUGAGCUCGUGCGAUUUGGAUUCUUUGAGAAAAUGGACCCAAAUGUGCGAGACGUGUCGCUGGAUGCCUAUCUCGGCAAGAAGCUAGCCGAGAAACGCAAGCGUCUGUCGGCCGAGCACAUCGAGGCUCUUACACUUCAGCAACAGCAGCUGGAAAUAGAAAUUGCUGAACUUAAAAAGCUUCCUACUCAGAUUAAUUAUAUGCAGCAGCAGCUAAAUUCCAAAGAGCGACAAUUGCGCCUGAUAAUAGAGCAAUUGAAGCCGCCCCUGACGCCACGCGAAGAGCACGAGUUUUCCAUGGCGUGCCUACAACGAGCCAAUAUUGUUUGCACUACGCUUUCAAGCUGCGUUAAGCUGGCCGCCUUUAUUGAUUAUUUUGAUGCGUGCAUCAUUGACGAGGCAACACAGUGCACCGAGCCUUGGACCCUGCUUCCGCUGCGUUUUGGUGUACGUGGUCUAGUGCUGGUUGGUGAUACCCAGCAGUUGCCUGCAACUGUGCUGUCCCAGAAGGCAAUUGACUUUGGCUUAGGCAAUUCCAUGUUUGAUCGCAUUCAGCGCAACUUGAAACAACAGCUGGAACAACCGCGUGGCAACCAUUUUGUGCACACCAAAGUAUUUAAGUUAAGCAUGCAAUACCGCAUGCAUCCAGAGAUUUGCAGAUGGCCCAAUAGUUACUUUUACGAUAAUCAGCUGGUCAAUGCCAGCUGCACCGAGCGACUGAUCUCACCCUUGAUUCCCUACUGUGUCAUCAAUUUGAGCUAUACCCGGGACACUAAUGAUGCGAGCAGCCGAAGCAUAAGCAACGAUGAGGAGGCACGUUUUGUGGCAAAGCUGCUCAUUGAGAUGGACAAGCUGAUGCCCGCCAAACGCUUUAGCUAUGGACUAAUUACUCCUUAUAGCAAUCAUUGCUAUACGCUUAGUCAGGUGAUACCCGCCCACAUGAAGAUUACACCGCAAACCGUUGACGCGUAUCAGGGCCAGGAACGGGAUGUCGUCAUCCUAUCGAAUGCACGCACGCGAGGCGUCGGCUUCCUUACCAACUACCAGCGACUUAAUGUGGCUAUCACUAGACCGCAACGCUGCCUAGUUAUCUGUGGUAAUUUUGAUGAUCUGCAGUCUGUAAAGAUAUGGCGUCAUUUGCUUGACGAUGCGCGCAAACGUGGAGUAUACUUUGAUCUGGAGCGCAGCGAUGUUGAAAACUUGCCUCGAUCUCUAAUAAGCAAAAUGCUAGUAAAGCCAAUCGAAAUUGUUGAUGACACUGCACCGCCGUCCAAAUGAUAGCAAUUAUAAUUUGCUAUUGCCAUAAGUUAACCACCAAAGUGCCAAAGCAUAUUUCUAAAAUUAGAAAUAUAAUUAUCCAAUAGCUUAUAAAUAAGUUGCCCCGUUUCUAACAGCUUCUUCACCCUGAGACAGGAUUUGUUAAUCGUUACACAAAAAGUUUAUUUAUAUUUUGUUUUUUUUAAUAUUAAUUUGUUUUUAUAACAUCAAUAGAGACUUGGCUUAUAUCUAAAACAGUUGCUCAACUCUAAUUUGGAUUGAAUGAGUCAACGGAAUUUUUUCUCGUUUAAAUGAUAUUUCAUUUCCGAAAGGAACUAAGUAUAUAUUUAUAUAAAUAAAUAUGUGUAUGCACAUAAAUAUAUAUAUAUAUAAAUAUAUACAUAUACAUAUAUGCAAAAAUCUGGACAUAAGAAGUUUAUGUUCUGAUCACUGGAAAAUAAAACAAUAUUUGACUAAUAAUUAUUGCACUAGAAAGAAUAAGCAUAACAUAAAUUGAAAGUCUUUAGAUACUUGAUCGUACGUAUAUUGUUUUGUUUUGUUAACAAACUCAAAUGCUCAUCCAAAAAUUAUGUUUUAAGUUAAAAUAUUUGCUAACGAACAUUUCACAAUCUAAA